AUGACUCAUACAGAGUCUCGGGCAGCUUGCAGAGGAAAUUACACCGACCUCGUCAGUGUGUACUCUGAUGAAGACAACACUGAACUGUAUAACAUGAUGAUGAAGGCUGGUGUUACAGUAGGAUGGAUCGGUCUCUAUCGCGGUGAUGUUAAAGCUGAACCUAAUUAUCAUCUAAUCCUUGAGAGUAAAACCUGGUAUGAAGCUCAGAGUUACUGCAGGGGGCGCUACACUGACCUGGUCAGCAUCAGAGAUCAGCAGCAAAAUGAAGAGGUGAAGAUUAAAGGGUUAAACAGCAGCACGUCCUUCUGGAUCGGCCUGCUGCGUGAUGACUGGCAGUGGACUGAUGGAGGAAACUCUGCUUACAGGAACUGGGCGAGUGGUCAACCUCGGGCUUCACCAAGUGACUGUGUAUAUCUGACGGGAGGGAAAUGGUACUCACAGCUAUGCAGUAAACAGCAAUACCCUCUGUGUUACAACAGCUCCAUCCAUGUGAGUGCUGAGGCUCUGAGCUGGCAGGAAGCGUUGGGUUACUGUAAUGAAGGGAACAGGGCUGGAAUUCUCAACAUCGAUUCUGAAGCUGAACAGGAAGAGGUGGAGUCUGAGCUCAGGAGGAGGCGUGUCCCCCCCGGGUCUCUGUGGGUGGGGCUCGGACCGAACCGUCUCUCCGAGAGACAGACAGGACCUGGGCCGUCUCACUGCCCUGCUGACACACACACUGCAGAAGCAGCACCUGAUUAUGUGAUGGACUCUGAUAAACUUCGAGUCGUGUGUAAACUGAAAUAAAAGGCGCUUCUCUCCAUGUGGAAGAACAGAGCACUGCACAGUUUAGUGUUUUCCAGCACUAACUCACCUGAACCCUUCAUUAUGCACUUCUUCACUAGGUGAUGAGGUCAAUCAGGGGUCAUAGAGCAGGAAAAAGCCUAAAGUGUGCAGGAACUGUUCACACACUCAGAGCUUCACACAUCAAUUCACAUUCACAUCAACAUCCACAACAUCUGAUUAACGCUUUCAGCUUCUCUGUUUAAAGAACUUUAAGAGAUCAGUUUAGAUAAAAGAGUAAAAUACACAAACACACAUUCUCUGCUCAUGUGAUUUAUUCACUUUUAAUUAGUUUCCUUUAUUUCUCUACAUUUGUUGGGGUAGAUUUUGUUAUAAGGUAAGUUAGCU